UUAGAUAAGCUGCAUUUCUUUCCCAGGCCUUGUAGUGGUCGUUGGCCAUAUUAUGUAAUUUCCCUGCAGUGGUCACUGUCUAUGUCUAUUUUUAGCCCAAAUUCUUAGUCUAAAAACCUCCCAGUGACCUAUUAUGUAAUUGUUAAAAAUCCAAUGGUGAAAUUCUCCCCAAAUUUAAUUUAAUAGCCAAUCAAAUUAAGCGAUACGGUCACGUGGUUUGAUGCGGUCAGUAUUUGACCGGUGAGAUUAGGGUCAUUCUGUCUUCAUCUCUGAGAGUGUUAGCACGAGUAAUGUUUUGAUACAGUAAGUUUUGAAACGCAGUUUCUAGUUUUUUGUUGUAUGCGAUAUCGCAUGAUUAUUUGUGCUGGUUCCGGUUGGGGUACAAUAUGUAAACAAUGAGUAUUUUAAAUGUGUGCGUGAUUGGACAUUCUUACAUCAGAAGAUUAAGAUAUUAUUGUAUGCAGACAGAAACAGACAAUCUAAAUUUUGACCCUGAAGUAUUUAAAGUAUCAUUUAGAGGAAAAGGCGGUUUGAGAUUAAGCAAGCGUGUCUUCAGGGCGGAGAUUCUGCAUAUUGACUCGAUUCCCGAUGUGGUGUUUUUACAGAUUGGUGAAAAUGAUAUCUGUGAAAAUACAAACAGUGAGAAAUUAGCUAGGGAUAUUAUAUCUGUGGGACAGUAUUUAAGAGAUGGUGUUGGAGUAAAGGUAGUGAUAAAAGGCCAGUUAAUUCGCCGAAUACACUUUGCAUCAUGCCAAAAUUUUAACGUCUUUGUGGUUCAGACUAAUGAACAUUUGAAACGUUUUGCUGAGCCCCUUGGUGGAAUUUAUUUCUGGGGACAUCGGGGGUUUUGGAAGGACUUUCAUUAUUUAGGCCCGGAUGGUGUCCAUCUGCUGUGUACCCCUGCAGAGGACCAGCCCAUGAGGAAGUUUCGCCGCAGCAUUAGGAAUGCAGUGCUCCUGCACUCCAAAGUUUUGAGGCCAGUAUGAUUUUAGAUCUUAUGUGCUACCACUCUAGAAUAAUGAUAUUCAAUAAUAUGUGAAUAUAAAUAUCCAUAUUUAUAUAUAUUUACAUUUUAUUUGUUUGAAUUAAGACAGUGUAGGGGCAGUUUAUGUAUUAAGUCCCUGAAAUUUUAAUGCGUGAUUUUUUCGUGUUGAUGAGCAUCAGUUCAAGUUCUACCUUUCAUUUUAAUUAAGUGUUUUGGCUGGAACUGACAAAUUUUAUGUUUGUUGAGUUUGCAUACUAAA